UACCAAAUAGCGUGUAUAAUGUCACGGUGACGUUUUCGGGUUUUGAAAGGUGGGUUCUUUUUGUCCUUAAACGACAUGUCGCUUUUGGUGUUAGGGCUCCAUUACCGUCCAAAAUGUCCCAAAUCAAAAUUCUGAAAUUGAAGAGGGAAUGAUGAAGAGGAAGAGAAAGGAAGGGGAGGUAGUUGAAGAGAAGAAAAUAGAGAUGGAUAUAGUUUGGCAAACCCCUGCAAACCCACCUGUGCGACACGAUUACAUAUUUAGAAAUGGGAGGCGCCAUGUCAGACCGUACUACUUCGAGUUUAUCGCUCAUGUUAAGAAUCGUUGGGCGGGAAAGACCAUUGUGGAUUUGUUUGCUGAGGAGUUUAAAGGACGGCCAUAUGAGUACUAUGUUAGUGCUGUCAAAAGUGGAAGGAUUCAAGUAGAUGGAGAGAUGGUACCAGUUUCAUACAUUGUUAAAUCUUCUCAAAAGAUAAGCCAUUUCUUACACAGGCAUGAACCUCCUGUUUUGGCUUUGGAUGUUUCAAUCCUCCAUAAAGAACCAGAAGUGGUCACUAUUUGUAAGCCUGCAUCUGUUCCGGUGCAUCCUUGUGGUCAGUACCGUAAGAACACUGUUGUAGGCAUUCUUCAAGCAGAAUAUGAUUUGGCACCUCUGUUUCCUAUUCAUCGGUUAGAUCGGCUAGUCUCUGGACUCCUAAUCUUAGCAAGAAGUGCUUCAAAAGCUGACGUGUUUAGGCAACAGAUUGAAGCAGGGCAGGUGCAAAAGCAGUAUGUUGCCAGAGUUAUUGGGGUAUUUCCUGAACAUGAGAAAGUAGUAGAAGCCAAUAUAAACUAUAAUGCCCGGGAAGGAAAGAGCACGGCAGAGGUACUCAAUUCUGGUGACACUAAAAUAAAAGGGAAAACUGCUUGUACCAAGUUCACUAGAAUUAGUACUAACGGAAUUCAUAGCAUUGUCUCGUGCCAACCAAUCACUGGUAGAACUCAUCAAAUACGUGUUCAUUUGCAACAUGCAGGCCAUCCAAUAGCCAAUGACAUACUUUACCUAUCCGAUGAAGUUGUUGAUCGUUCGACCGAAGGAAUGAGUGUCGAUAGAACUACUGCUUGUUCAGACUGUUCAUGUAAAAAUGAAGAGAACUCCACUGAUGAUUUCAGCAUUGAUCCCAUGUGUACAAAUUGUCCAAAUUUGGCUCCCAAAGGAUAUGGUGGACAUGAAGAGGGUCUUUGGCUACACUGUGUUAGAUAUUCUGGGCCAGAUUGGGCUUAUGAAUGUCCAUAUCCAGAUUGGGCUUCACUUAAUUAAACAUAUUAUUUUUAUUUAUUUAUUUUUUAAUUAUUAUUUGUUUUGGGUAACUGUUUUUAUUUUCAUUCUAGAUAUUGUGGAGAAACAUGUGAAGAGGAAUUGGACCAUUUCUUUUUCCACAUUGGGCUUCUCUUAGCUUAGUCAUCCUUCCAUUUUUAAUUAUUUUUUUUUUUAAAAUCUGAACUCUAUCUAGAAAUUUGUAUUUACCCUUUUCCCAUAAUGUGUUCCUCUAUGGAAGAGUUUUAUAUUAAAAAGGUUAUAUCCAUUUUUGUUCAAUAAGAAA